AUGCCGUCCUGCAAGGGUGAGCGAGCCGGCCCAGCCAAGGUCGCAAUCGGCAGGGAAGACGCUCUCCCGCCGGCGUGCUCCGGCCCACUCCUCGCCCAGACCUCACCACUUCCAUCUAUAUAUCCCCCCAUCACUUCCGUCAGAAUUACCAUUUCACCACCCAAACGAGUGCCCAUCGUCACCAUGUUCUCGACCACCCACGUUGCGACCGCUCUGCUGGCCGGCUGCGCUCUGGCCGCCGCCGCCGAAGUCCACGGUGCCGGAGCCGAGGGAUCAAUCAUGGGUCCCGUCGCAUUCCUCUGGCCAUCCGACCGCGUGUGGGAUGCGUCGCAGGACAACACCGCCCCGUGCGGCACCAGCGCCGGCGUGACCAACAGGACUGAGUUCCCGCUGGACCAGGGCUCCGUUGCUCUGACCAUCGCCGACGAUGCCUGGAACGUCGAGUUCCACAUCGCCAUCGGGAACGAUCCCACCAGCGAGACCGACUUCUCCACCCAAGUCGUCGCCAACGUCUCAUCCGUCGAGCCCGGCCACCAGUGCUAUAAGCUGGAAGACCUGCCAGACACCGCCGCCGCCGGCACCAACGCCACCAUCCAGCUGGAGUACUGGUCGAGCUACGAGGACGGGAAGAACGAGACGUUUUACGCCUGCGCCGACGUUACCUUCGUGACAGCAUCCACCUUCUCCGCCCAAGUCCCCUGCUUCAACGUCACGGCGUCAGACUUCGACACCGGUUCGGAUGGUUCCUCUUCCUCCUCCUCCUCUUCUUCCUCCUCCUCAUCCACCGCCACCACCACCUCUUCUACCUCUUCUACCUCCUCCUCUUCCUCAUCAUCAACCACCCUCUCCGCCUCCGACAAAGCCGGCAUAGCCAUCGGGUCCAUCCUCGGCGGCCUGUCGGUCGUCGGCGCCGCCGUCUUCGCCUGGCUGUACCGCAGGCGGAGGGCUGCGGCGGCGAAGAGGGCUGAUGGCGAUGCUGAUGGUGCUGCUGCGAUGAAGGAGGUGGAGUGA